GUGUGUGUGUGAGAGAGAGAGUGAGUCUGAUUUGCUUCCUCCGCGAACCGGUCGUCUUCUCCAGCGAGACAGCCGCCGCAGAAAUGGGUGGGAGUCAGCUCAGCCUCAACUCACUUCCGCUAAUUCGCUGCAUGCAAGCUCUCCCACGUCCAUGGCGGAUCCCGCCCGCGCAUCUCUCGCCAUGGCAGCAUUAGCACGCCUCGCUCACAAAACGCUCCCGACCACACGAACCCAACUCCCGCUCCCCACCACCAUAUAUCGCUCGCCGCGGUGCCUCCACCCAUGAUCCUCCAUCGACGACAAUGGCGGCGACACGCGGCUCCGUGCGGCUCCUCCUCCUGAUCCUCCUCCUCCGCCCCGCCGCGGCGGGGAGCCCACUGAUGAUGACGUGCGCCAAGACGCCGCACCCGGACGUGUGCAUCACCGUGCUGGGCGCCAUCCCGGAGUGCAGGAACACCGGCGACCCGCGCGUCCUCGCCGAGAACGCCGUCCGCUCCGCCGCCACCAUCGGCGCGGCGGCGGGCACGUUCGCGCGCGCGGAGCUCGACAUCGUGAAGGACACCGACAUGUGGCAGUGCCUGGACGAGUGCGCGCAGGACAUCGAGGAGGCCGUCUCCCACCUCGACGACACCGAGGGCGGCGUCGUCGACCUCGACGCCAAGUUCAAGGACGUGCGGCUGUUCAUGGACGUCGCCGAGAGGGACACGUGGUCGUGCGAGGAGAGCUGCCGGGACGCGCCGGACUCCACCGUCAAGGCCACCCUGCUCGACAAGAACGAGGCGUUCGAGAAGUUCAUGCGGGUCACCGGCGCGCUCAUCGAGAUGGUCAUCGGAACGGCCGGCGAGCCGGCGCCGGAGCCGUCAGCUGAUGAACACUCGGACGAACUAAUACCGGAUGUCCAGUUAUGAUCAAUUCAUAAUGUACUAAUCGCUCAUGUGACUUCUCAUCUCCAUUUUUGAUCGAUCGUGUUCAGGUAUUUUGAUUAGGUUAAUUAAGGGCCCGUUCAAUUUGACGUCAUUUUCAACCAUACCAUUUUUUUUAAAGUUGUCAAAAAAA